AUGCCGGCAAAGCCCGUCCUCAUUAUCGGUGCAGGAGUUGUGGGAUUGAGCCUUGCCAAUGGCCUCAAGAAGGCGAAUAUUCCCUUCCUGGUCUUCGAGCGCGAUGACAGUAUCUCGACGAGGGGCCAAGGUUGGGCCAUUACUCUCCACUGGGCACUCGGAUUCCUGAAAAGCCUCUUGUCGGAAGAGGCCUUCGCCGGUAUUGACCAGACCCAAGUCGACCCUGAAGUCGGGCGCAACGACACGGGAAACUUCAUAUUCAUCAACCUCGAAACACUUGAGGCCAAAUUCCGUGUCCCACCGAGUGAGCGGCGUCGAAUAAACCGUGAGAAGCUUCGGGAGGUGCUCCUACAGGAAGUGAGUGAUCAAGUACACUGGAGCAGACGCUUCGUCGGCAUCGAAGAGGCGAAAGACGGAGUCGUUGCCGUCUUCGAAGAUGGCUCAAAAAUAGAAGGCUCGGUCAUCGUUGGCGCCGAGGGCUCCAACUCGAGGACGCGACAGCUCAUCGCGCCGGAGACCUACAGAAACACCCAGCUUCCCGUGCGGUUGACGGGUGUGGCUGUCGACUUCAUCCCGGAGCAGGUCAGGCCGCUGCGGGACCUGGACCCUCUGCUCUUCCAGGGAUGCCAUCCCAGGAGCGGGAAUUUCCUCUGGGUCAGCAUGCUCGAGACACCUGAGGCCAAUGGGACCCAGGGGACGGACGGCGAGCGAUAUCGUGUUCAGAUCAUCAUGUCCUGGCCGUUCAGGUCACCGGAUGACGAGGUGAAGCCCACGCAGGGGGAACGCCUCAAGGAGAUGAAGCGUCGGGCAGAGGAGUUCCACGAGACGCUCCGCGGCGUGGUGCAGUCCAUCCCGGAGGAGACUGAAUGCCUCGAGAUUGUGCUACAGGACUGGCCCUGCCUGGACUGGGACAACCACGGCGGCAGGGUGACGUUGGCUGGGGAUGCAGCGCAUGCCAUGACGAUGUACAGAGGCGAAGCGGCCAACCAUGGGAUCCUUGAUGCUCUCAAGCUUUGUCAAGUCCUCGACAGCGUCUCCAAAGGUGACCAAAGUACAGGGGAUGCCAUCCUCAAGUACGAAAAGGAGCUCAGGAAGUGGGCCAAGAUGGCCUACAAUCCCAGGAUGAGCAUCAUCCCUCCGGGGCAACAACAUUCGCGCAACCAGCGCAAGGAACCAGAACCCGACGCGUUCAUGCUGCUCAAAGACAGCGAGAUUGUCGGCUGCAUUACUGACAUCGGCAUCCCCUUCACCGUCGCCGACCUGGCAAAGCCGAACCCCCUCCAAGUCCAGAUGAUAUUCGAGUGGUUCGCCGAGCUCAUCCUCAACGCAACCCGCGAGACCGUCGACCCUGCGAUGCGCGCCGCCGCCGAGGACAUUGCUGGAGACAAUGGCGACAUGCUGUUCCCGCCCGACACGCGGAACCUCAUGGGCUUCUACGUAUCACUGCGGCGGCUACUAUUGGAAUGUGGCAUCCGGGACUUCAGCUUCACCGAUCUGUACAAGCCCACGCAGCCCAGGCUGGUCAAGAUUUUCAGCUACCUUAUCAACUUCGUGCGUUUCCGCGAGAGCCAGACCUCGGUCAUCGAUGCGCACUUCAACAAGGCGGAGCAGACAAAGGGACGGAUCGAGAGCCUCUACGGGGAGAACCAGGACAUGGAGGCCCGUCUGGACGAAAUGCAGCAGACCCGAUCACAGAUGCAAGGUCUGUACGCGGAGAAACUGCGACGCAACGAGGACUUGAAAAAGCGGCUGCUGGAGCUCCGACGGGGCCAAGAGAGGGUCGCUGCUCGGUUGGACGAGGCCAAAGAGAAAAAGGGCGAGUUGUCGACACAGCUCGAGCAGAAGACAGCCGAGAAGCUAGCAGUGAAGCACGAGAGCGCCAAGCUGAGGCCCUACGUUCUGCAGAGCGCUUCUUCCCUACAAGCGAGCUUGACAGAGCUGUCAAACACGCUUGGCAGCGACAAAGCCCACAUCGACUCUCUCGACCGACGGGCACGGGCAUUACAAACCUCGACGGAUUCCUUCGCCGUGGUAUCGACCGACGUGGCGUCAUGCAUCAAGCUUCUGGAUGAAAUUGCUGUGGAGUUGCAGAAGGAGGAGGACGAGACCGCGCGCAAGAACAAGCAAAAAGACGCUCUCCUCGAGCGGCGUACAGACGUGCAGGAUGUCGAGCGAGCUGAGACGCUGCUGCAGAGGCAGCUGGCCAAGUGGCUCGAGAGGACGGAGAAGCUUAGGGAGCACGCCAACCAGAAAGCGCAGGAGGCCAAGAGGAAGAUGGAGGAGCUGGAGAAGGUCCACAGGCAACUCAAGCAGGAGCGGACAGAGAAGGGCAACGAGAUGGAGAAGCGGCGGGUACGGAUCGAGCAGACGGAGAAGAAGAUGCAAGACCUAAAGGAGGCCAUUGAGAACGAGGUCCACAAUGCUCACGACGAGUACCUCAAGAUGGAGGCACAUAUCAAGUUGUACAUCACGGAGAUGGAGCAGGCCAUUCCGUUCAACGAGUGA